AUGGCCCUGCGCAGCAGCUUCGCCCGGCUCCUCCGCAAGCAGGCAGACACAGCGCUGCAGCGGCCCCGGCAGGCACACUCCGUGGCGCUGGUGGGAGCCCCGCUCUCCCGGGGACAGAAACGGCGGGGAGUAGAUCAUGGACCCGCUACCCUCCGCGCCGCGGGGCUAGUGGAGCGGCUGGCCGGACUCGGAUGUCAAGUGUAUGACUUUGGAGAUCUGAAUUUCACUCAAGUUCCAAAUGAUGAACUGUACAACAACCUGAUUUUAUACCCACGGUCGGUGGGCUUGGCCAGCCAGAUACUGGCCGAUGCUGUAAGCAGGGCAGUAGCUGCUGGACACAGCUGCGUGACAAUAGGAGGUGACCACAGCUUGGCACUGGGUUCUGUCAGUGGCCACGCGCGGCAGUGCCCACACCUUGGUGUCAUCUGGGUGGAUGCACACGCUGAUAUCAACACCCCUCUCACAACUCAGUCGGGAAGCCUCCAUGGACAACCUCUCUCGUUUCUCUUGAGAGAGCUUCAAGAUAAAGUACCACAACUUCCUGGCUUCUCCUGGCUAAAGCCCUGCCUUUCAGCAUCUGAUAUUGUGUACAUUGGUUUGAGGGACGUGGAUCCUGCUGAAUACUAUAUUUUAAAGAAGUAUGACAUCCAGUAUUUUUCAAUGAGGGAUAUUGAUCGCCUUGGAAUUCAGAAAGUUAUGGAAAGAACAUUUGAACAACUGAUGGGCAGGAGACAGAGACCAAUGCACCUGAGUUUUGACAUUGAUGCUUUUGACCCCUCGCUGGCUCCAGCAACUGGGACUCCUGUUCUAGGUGGCUUAACCUACAGAGAAGGCAUGUACAUCACAGAGGAAAUACACAACACAGGAAUGCUUUCAGCUGUAGACAUGGUUGAAGUCAAUCCACUGCUUGGAGCUUCUCAAGAGGAAGUGAAAGCAACUGCUAGCCUGGCAAUCGAUGUGAUAGCAACGUGCUUUGGGCAGACAAGGGUAGGACCACACGCCGCCUUUGAUGAACUCCCAACACCCAGUUCUCCGGAUGAAUCUGACAGUGAAGAGCAAGUGAGGAUUUAA